AUGACGUCUAAGGACGAGAGCCCCGCGGCGGAGCGCCCAGCUAAGCUCUUUGGGAGAGCCUUUUAUGAGUCCAUCGGAUCCCCGAAAUUUAUUGUUGCUCCUAUGGUGGAUCAGUCUGAAUUUGCUUGGAGAAUGCUUUCUCGAAGCUUUCUUGCACCUAGUGAACAAUCGAGUCUGCUUGCCUAUACACCCAUGUUACACGCCCGACUAUUUUCGCAGGACGAGAAAUACCGCAAGGCGCACUUCCAGGCUGUUCGACCUGACGGCAAAACUCCCUGGCUCGAUGGAAAUCCUUCUAUAGACCGCCCGCUAUUUGUGCAGUUCUGCGCAAAUGAUCCCGAUGCGCUCCUCUCUGCCGCUCAGCAGGUUGCACCUUACUGCGAUGCUGUCGACCUGAACCUCGGAUGUCCUCAGGGUAUUGCGCGGAAGGGGAAAUAUGGUGCUUUCCUCCAGGAAGAUCAGGAUCUUAUCUUCCGCCUGAUCAAUAUUCUGCACAAGGAGCUGUCUGUGCCCGUUACAGCCAAGAUCCGAAUCUUGGACACCAAGGAGGAGACAUUGGCAUAUGCGCAGAAUGUGCUCAAGGCUGGCGCAUCCAUUCUCACAGUCCACGGACGAAAGAGAGAGCAAAAGGGUCAUUUGACAGGCUUGGCUGAGUGGAAGAUGAUUCGUUUCCUAAGGGACAGCCUGCCAAAGGAGACAGUCAUUUUUGCGAAUGGAAACAUUCUCCAAGAGCAAGAUAUCGAGAAAUGUCUCGAGGCCACUGGAGCUGAUGGUGUUAUGAGUGCCGAGGGUAACCUCAGUGACCCAGCCAUUUUUACAAAACCACCACCUGUUGGAAAAGAGGGUCGAGAAUACUGGAGACGGAAAGACGGCAAGGGAGGAUACAGAGUCGACGCUGUUUUCAGACGGUACAUGAAUAUCCUUCACGAACACGUCUUUGGAGAAAAAGCCCCCGAGAGGCGACCCCUCUUCAUGCCUGGUGACGAUACAGAGUGGAUGAACGAGGGCGAGCGUGAUGAGGAAGAGCCAGCACCAAAGAAGCGAAGAAAGGAUCUCGGUAAGAAGGGAGAGCAAGGUCCCAAUAUGUCUGCCAUGCAGCCUCACCUGUUCCACCUCCUCCGACAUUUUGUCUCCAAACAUACCGAUGUGCGAGAUAUGCUAGCCAAGAGCCGCUCAGGUGACUUGGAAGCCUACGAGCGUGUCCUCGCCGCCGUGGAGUGCAAGGUCGCAGAAGGUCUUAUCGAAUAUGAGCGUACCAACGGCGAGAGUGUUGCCGAGCCACCGCUGGUUGAAGGUGAACAAGAUCCCCCCGAGGAUGAGAGCUCAGUAGGCACACAAAGACGCUGUCGACUGCCAUGGUUCUGCGUUCAGCCAAUUAUCAGACCGCUGCCCACCGAAGCACUGAAGAAUGGAGCUAUCACGUUAAGCAAGAAGGGUAGAGGGAAGACACAGGAGAUGACGCAGGGGAAGACACUAGAGAAGAAUGAAGAGGAGAAGCGGGAGGAGAAGGGAAAUGAGGAGGAUAUUAAGACAAGAGAUGAAGCGGUGGCUGGAUAG